GUACGGCAUUCCUUAAAAAGCAGUUUCCCUUCCUUUCCCCAGCUCCCCCAAACCGCAAAAUCUAAAGAUCAAAGACUCAAAGACAAAGAAAGCGGCCAUGGAGAAGGAAAGAGAGCAACAAGUUUACUUGGCAAGGCUCGCUGAGCAAGCUGAAAGAUACGAUGAGAUGGUUGAGGCCAUGAAGAGUGUUGCUAAGUUGGAUGUUGAGCUGACUGUGGAGGAGAGGAAUCUGUUAUCUGUGGGAUAUAAGAAUGUGAUUGGAGCAAGAAGGGCAUCCUGGCGGAUACUGUCUUCAAUUGAACAGAAGGAGGAGGCCAAAGGUAAUGAACAAAAUGUGAAGAGGAUAAAGGAUUAUAGGCAAAGGGUUGAAGAUGAGCUCUCAAAAAUAUGCAAUGACAUACUCUCAGUCAUUGACAAGCACCUCAUUCCAUCUUCCUCCACCGGGGAAUCAACUGUUUUCUACUAUAAGAUGAAAGGAGAUUAUUUUCGUUAUUUGGCAGAAUUUAAGGCAGGAGAUGAUCGUAAAGAAGCUGCUGAUCAGUCACUUAAGGCUUAUGAGGCUGCCACUUCCACUGCAAGCUCAGAUUUGCCUCCAACUCACCCAAUUAGACUUGGCCUGGCUUUGAACUUCUCAGUUUUCUACUAUGAGAUAUUAAAUUCUCCCGAGAGGGCUUGUCAUCUGGCUAAACAAGCAUUUGAUGAGGCUAUUGCCGAGCUUGAUAGCCUUAAUGAAGAAUCUUACAAGGAUAGCACCCUUAUCAUGCAGCUUCUUAGGGACAACCUCACCUUGUGGACCUCGGAUCUGCCAGAGGAAGGAGGUGAGCAAUCAAAAGCAGAUGAACCUCAGGCUGAGAGUUAAUUGGAUGAAAGAGUAUUCUUUUAAGACUGGGCUUGUCGAGGUAGGAAAGGGGCUUGCUGCUAGAGUGACCUGCUUUCAACUCAUGGUAGUAGUACCAGGAUUUGUUACCUAUGACAUGGUUCGAUUUGUUUAUCAGAUGUUUUCAGACUGUUGUUCUGUGUUCUCUUCUGUUUAAACAUUAUUGAAUCGGUUACUUUAUAGUCUUUAUGACUUACUUCCUUAUGUUCAAUUUUUUGUUGUCUUA